AUGGCAUGGAAAGGCGGGUUCCGCUGCGAAGGUUAUGUCCGUCACGUCGAAUUCAAAGAUGUAACUAGACGCUUGACUCAGGGCCAAUCUGCGAAACGAGAUCAGUCAGUUCCUGAAGCGCAGGCAGGUCUGGACGCGGAAGACUCCAUCUACGUCAACCCCCAAGAUCCCACAGGGCUGUCUACGACUUCGCUCCGUGCCCUGGCUACCACAUACUUUGGGAAGGUUCGUAGUCAUCCAGACCUAAUGCGGAAAGGUGCAGGCCUUUAUUCACAGGCUCUGCAAAGCCUGCGCGUGCAGCUGGAAUGCCCAGAUCGAGCUCUGGAAUCUGAUCUUCUUGUCGCCGUGAUCUGCCUUGCAACUCUCGAAUCGGUUGCGCUCACUCAAUCCUCCGCUUGGCUCCAGCAUUAUCAGGGACUGGCGCGGAUUGCCCGCAUCGCCAUCAGUCUGGUGCCGGAGCUGCCCUUCUUCCUACGCUCAGGUCCUGAAAUUGCAAUUGGAUACAUCGUGGAGAGGAAACGCUGUUUCCUAGAAGACCCUUCGUGGAAGAGCAUCCCUUGGGCUGGACGAAUGGGCUCCAAGACGCCAAUCGACUACAUCCACGACGUGUUCUGCGACAUUCCGGGUCUACUUGAGGAUUUAGACAAAGUAAUUGCAUGGGACCCGGAUAUACCUGGGCGCGAUGAGUUCCUCGGCCAAGUUCGCCAGAAUGCAUUAUCAAUACUGGAAAUCCUUUACUCGUGGCGAUGUAAAUGGCAAGAGGAUAACCCGGACACAGCGUUCUUCAUUCCGUCAAGCAAUUCAGGGUCCGAUGGCUUGCCUCCCAGCCCAUUUAAAACAGUCAUUUGGUUCACGGACCCCUACCGCGCCAACGAGCUGAUUGUGUACGAUUCGGUGCUGCUUAUCGUGCUCAAGGCAGCGGAAGCACUUGGGCUAAACCUGGGAGGGCCCCAUUCUUCUAUGACAAGUUCGAGCGACCUCCUCCAUCCAGUACCAAGUAACAGGAAGGAGGUUGCGAUUGAGGUGUGUAGGACCGUGGAUUACCAUCUCCACUGCCUGCAGAGGAGCUCCGGGGCAUUCAUGCUAUUAUUCCCUCUGAAUGUAGCCUAUCGUAAUCUUGAGCCCGAGUCGGACGAAGCCAGGUGGAUGAAAAAGAUCAUGGCGGUGACUGCUGACAUUCAUGGAUUCGAGAUCGGUCGGCGUGAGAAUAUGCUCCGGACGAGGAAUGUGUCUACCUAA